AUGGUCUUCGCACGGAUUCUGUCUGAGGUCCACGAUCUGCCAACAGUUGAGGAUAUCAUGGAAUCGAUGGCGGGCAUGACGAUCUUUUGCAAGCUCGACGUUUCUAAAGCCUUUAACUGUAUUCGGCUUGCAGACGAGGACUCCAUUAACGCGACGGCGUUCAGGACGCACCGUGGCGUGUUCAAGUGGACGGUGCUACCCUUCGGCAUCAAAGUCGGAAGCGUGGCCAUGCAGCGUUUGAUGGAUGCCAUGCUGCGUGGGCUCAAGGGCGUCGCGGCGUAUCAGGACGACAUCAUCGUGGGUGGCAAGAACAAGGAGGAACUGAUCGAGAACACCCGCGCGGUGCUGCGUAGGGUGCGCGAGUUCCAGCUGCCACUCAAGCUGAGCAAGUGCGAGUUCUUUGCAACGGCAGUGCCUCUGCUUGGCUUUGUGCUGAGCGCUCAAGGCAUUUCGACGACGAAGUCGGCUGUGCAGGCCAUGCUGGAUUUCCCCGUCCCCAAGACGAGGAAGCAGGUGCGCUCGUUCAUUGGCGCGGUGGGGCACAUCAGCGGCUGGAUCAAAGGAUUUGCUGACAUGCGGGCGCCGCUGGACCAGUUGCUCAAGAAGGACGUCAAGUUUGUCUGGACGGAGGAGUGCCAGCAAGCUUUCUCACGGAUCAAGAAGGUCGUGACGUCCACCCCGGUGCUGCGGCUGCCGCGGCGUGAUGAAGUAUUUGUGUGCGAGGCUGAUGCGAGUGACAUUGGCACGGGCGCGGUGCUCUACAACAUGAAGCCUGGUGGCAAUCCGUCGGACAUGAAAGGUCUCAAACUGGUGGGGUACUACUCGAAGCGUCUGUCAAGCGCGGAGCGGAACUACAGCACGACGGAUAAGGAGCUGUUGGCGAUUGUGCGGGCAGUGCGUCGUUGGAGACAUCUGCUGACGGGAUCCAGGCACAAGGUGAUUUUCAAGUCGGAUCACAAGAACUUGGUGAACUACCAGAACUUGGAGGUCAGGAACUACCGGAUGGCGCGAUGGAUCGAGGAGCUCAGCCAGUGCGAUUUCAAGAUUGUGUUCACGGCUGGUGUGUCGCAGCCUCUGGCAGACUGCCUGUCACGCAACCCAAACUUUGAGGGCAGUGUGCGAGGCGAAGCCGCUCGCAAGGCGUUCACGCCGGGUCAGCUGGACAGCACGGUCGCGGCCGCAGCCACAGUGGCGAGCACGUCGGCUGGAGCAGGUCAAAGCGCAGCGAAGGCGGUGGCGGCGGAGGUGUCGAUCGAGGAUCAGAUCCGCGCACAAGUUGGCACCAGCCCCCCUGACCAGAAGUUGCAGAAGCUGCUCGGACUCACGCUGGCUGAUGGCCUUUGGAGAGAUGGGAGCAAGCGCAUCUACGUCCCGGAAGGUGACUGUCGUCGACUGGUUGUGGCCGAGUGCCACGAUGCCAAGGGGGCGGGUCAUGGUGGCAAGCACCGCACGAAUUUGCGUGUCAAGCAAACGCAUGUUUGGCACAACAUGAUGGAGUACAUCGAAAAGUACGUGGCUGGUUGCACUCUCUGCCAGCAGAACAAGCCAUCGCAUCUCAAACAAGCUGGCCUGAGCGCAUCGAUCGAAGUGCCCGCUGGCGUGUGGCAGGAUGUGGCUAUUGACUUGGUCACGGAUCUGGUGCCGUCGAAGGAUUACCGUGGGCACAAGCACGACGCGGUGCUUGCUUUCAAAGCAGGUGCAUCUCAUCCCGUUUUCCAAGGACAGCAGUAG